AUGGCGUUUCCGGAGUUCUCGAAAUAUGGAGUCUUUUGCUUCAGUACCAUCUUGUUCGCAAGCCUUUCCAAUGCCGUGACUCUUGACACUACAGACGCAGAUUCAAUACGCAAUGCAUCAAAAACUGUUGCCAAUGGCAUGAUGGCGUGGUACGCAGGCAACGACACUGGUGGUACGCCUGGUAUAUUGCCUGGCCCAUACUAUUGGUGGGAGGCUGGAGGCAUGUUCGGUCACAUGAUAAAUUAUUGGUACUAUACUGGCGACGACUACUACAACUCGAUCGUAUCUACAGCGAUCCAAUUUCAAGUCGGAACAGGCGAUGACUUUCUACCGGCAAACCAAACAAAAGACGAAGGAAACGACGACCAGGUCUUUUGGGCAUUCACCGCUAUGGACGCCGCCGAACUGAACUUCCCUGAGUCGACCAGUGCGAACGCGCCUUCUUGGCUUUCCCUGGCACAAGCGGUCUUCAACGAGAUGGCUGGAAGAUGGGAUACUAGCACAUGUGGUGGUGGUCUUCGAUGGCAGAUCUACACCUUCAACGCAGGUUACAACUACAAGAACUCGAUAUCGAAUCUCGGACUCUUCCAGUUAGCUGCUCGACUGGCUCGCUACACCAAUAAUGCUACAUACACGGAUUGGGCUGAGAAGACAUGGCAGUGGUAUUCUGACGCCUCGCUUUGGGAUGGCACGACGUUUGAGAUCUACGAUGGCACAACGACAGACAGCAACUGCAGUUCAGUAGACCACUUUCAAUGGACGUACAACUAUGCAGCUGCAAUCAGCGGCGCAGCUUACAUGUACAAUUACAGUUGGCUCAACAUCGUCGAAGGCCUUCUCAAUACCACAUUCACCACAUUCUUCCCAACUACCAUGGGCAACAAGAUCAUGGUCGAGAUAACAUGCCAACCCCUCGGCAAUUGCGACACCGAUCAACUGUCCUUCCGCUCAUAUCUCGCGCGGUCGUUGGCAGUCACCACACAACUUAUCCCCUCUCUACACGAUACUAUAUACCCCUAUCUCCGUGCUUCCGCACAAGGAGCAGCUGGCCAAUGCGACGGAGGCGCCACAGGCGCAAUAUGUGGCAUGGAAUGGAACACGACGGUUUGGGAUGGCACAUACGGUGUGGGUCAGGAGAUGUCAGCACUCGCUGUGAUACAGUCAUUGAUGCUCGAUGUCAAUGUUGGGGACGCAAACUUGGCUGCUCCAUUGACGUCGUCUACCGGUGGCAACAGUACGAGCAACCCUAGUGCUGGCACAGGGAGCACUGGUGCUAAGUUUCAGCCUUCCAUCUAUACUAGGAAAAUCACCACUGGUGAUAAGGCGGGAGCUGCGAUAUUGACUAUAGCAAUCUUGGUGUUCUUUGUGGGCGGCUCUGUGUGGCUGGUCCUGUUUGACUGA